GUUGAGACAUUGGAAGACUAUGAAAGAACAUGAGAUUCCCCUAGAAUUAGAGAUUGGUUAUAUACCACCAUCAUCAGCAGGCCAAUAUCCUGGGCUUUACUUAUUUUCAACUCCAGCUAGGAUGAUGAGACCUGUUAAAUUCUUGCCUAAUGGCAAGAUAGAUAUGAUUGGUUCAUUCGAACAGGUAUACAUGAACAUAGCAUGUCAGAACGAUACAAUAAUUCCGGGAUUGACUACGCAUCAGGAAAUAUCACCACACAAUAUGCUGAGUAUACUCGCCAAUCUGACUCCGUUCUCAGACCAUAACCAGAGUCCAAGGAAUAUGUAUCAGUGCCAAAUGGCGAAACAAACAAUGGGAACGCCCUCUUCCGUCUAUGUGCACAGAACAGAUAAUAAGUUGUACAGAUUGCAAACAGGUCAAGCACCCGUAGUUAGACCAAAGCUUCAUGACGAGCUAGGCCUUGAUGCAUGGUUAAAUGGAACCAACGCAAUAGUUGCUGUGCUCUCAUAUACAGGCUACGACAUGGAGGAUGCAAUGAUAAUAAACCAACAAUCACAUCAAAGGGGUUUCGCUUACGGGAAUAUCUAUAAAAGCGUGGUAGUCGACUUGAAUGAAUCCAGGAAACGUACAGAAGCCUUGAGUAAACGUUUCAUGUUAGGUUCCGAUGUACCUGACUCUGUACGCAAAUUUCUCGAUAAAGACGGCCUUCCUUUCAUCGGAACCCGUCUCGAGGAAGGAAACCCUUUUUACGCAUACUACAAUGAAACGACCGGAUCUACAACAAUAAAAAAAUAUAAAGAUACGGAAAUAGCAUACGUUGAUGAGGUACGCCUGAUAGGGGAUGAUAGGGGAGAGUACGAUCCGCAAAAAAUACACAUAAAAUUACGAGUACCGCGGCCUCCAGUUAUAGGCGACAAGUUUUCUUCCCGACAUGGGCAAAAAGGUGUAUUAUCUCAAUUGUGGCCACAAUGGGAUAUGCCAUUUACAGAAAGUGGGAUGCAACCAGACAUUAUCAUCAAUCCGCACGCGUUCCCUUCUCGUAUGACAAUUGGGAUGUUUAUAGAAAGUUUAGCUGGUAAAGCAGGAGCACUGCAUGGAAUAGCUCAAGACUGUGCACCAUUCAAAUUUGCCGAAAACACAUCGGCCAUGAAUGAUUCCGAUGAAAAUCCUCCGGCAAUGGAUUAUUUCGGUGAACAACUCCGUCGUGCUGGAUUCAACUAUCAUGGAAACGAGCCAAUGUAUAGUGGAAUCACCGGAGAAGAAUUUCGGGCCGACAUAUAUAUUGGAGUUGUGUAUUAUCAACGGUUGAGACAUAUGGUAUCUGAUAAAUGGCAGGUACGGGCUACUGGACCGGUGCAUAACUUGACGAUGCAGCCAGUGAAAGGAAGAAAGCGAGCAGGGGGGAUAAGGUUUGGAGAGAUGGAAAGAGAUGCUUUGCUUGCACAUGGAGUGAGUUAUUGCCUUCAGGACCGGUUGUUGAAUUGCUCGGAUUAUGCGAAGUGCCUAAUAUGCAAGAAGUGCGGGUCCAUUUUUUCUGUGUUAGUUAGACGAGGAAUGCUGACUCAAACGGAGAGGAAGAUGGAUUGCAGAACUUGCAAGUCUUCACAGCAUUUGAGUCUUAUUAAAAUACCUUAUGCGUUCAAAUACUUGGCUACUGAACUUAUGAGCAUGGGUGUUAAGAUCAAAAUAGAAACAUCACCAUAG